UUUUUUUUUCUUCUCAAAAACGAAAGAACCGCACAAGUUGCGGAUCUCAUGAGAUCAUUACCCAAUGCAUUAGGUAGAGUAAGAUCCACAUCACUAACCUUUUCUCCGUCAAUUUUUAUUUGGCCCAUAUAUUAAAAAAAUAUUUAUUUAAAAAAUUAGAAGCUAAUAUAUUAUUAUGAAGUUUAAUUUAUUGUUAUUAUUAACUAUAGUAAUUAUUUCAAGUAUAUUUUUUAAAAUAUUAAAUUUAUUAUAUUCGAAAGAAGAUGUAAUAAAUGUAUCAAUCUUUCUGUUUCAAUUUAUAUAAUUCAUGUUAUUUUAGUUUGCCUAAAAAGAAUGAUACAUUUGCAGUGGUGACACGAUUUGUAAAAAUUUAUGCGUACUCAUUGUCUAUAUGUAUGUAUCGCAGCGGCAAGCGAGAUGAAAGAGAUGCAAGAAGAUUUGUUAUCUAUUUCAAAAUAUAUAUGAAUCUUACUUAGACACAAUGUAUAUAGAACAAAUUAUAUGUAAUAGUUGACCCUAUAUAUGUGGUAAAAUACUUGACUAUUAGGGGUUGUUUGGUAGAGUGUAUUAAGAAAUAUAAUGCAUAUAUUAGGUGUGUGUAUUAGUAGUACCUUGUUUGGCACACUUUUUCAUGCCAUGUAUAACUAAUGCAUGUGUAUUACUAAUACCAAGGAAUUCUAGGUAUUAG